UUUAUCAUUUCAUUGUUACACGUGCAUGCCAAGUUGUAACAUUCAUUCAUCGUUCGCCGGAUGCUUCAUUGCUUCGUCACCGUUCCGGUGGCCCAUUCCGUUGAAUUUCCGAUCUCCAGGUGAAGUAGAUCCGGCAUUGAUGCAUAAUAUCAUGGCAGAAAAGUAAAUUCGUUCUCAACUCGUGUUAACGGAAGCACAAUCAGAAGCAAUUCAGUAUAAGAAAUGGCUGAUGAACAAGAGCGGUGGUGUCUUGUGACCGGGGGAAGAGGAUUUGCAGCUAGGCAUUUAGUGGAUAUGCUCAUUCGUUACGAUAUGUAUUCAGUUAGGAUCGCUGAUAUGGGUCGUGAUAUCAUGCUUGAAACCCAUGAAGAGAAGGGGGUUCUGGGGCAAGCUUUACACUCGGGUCGUGCACAGUAUGUAUCCAUGGAUCUUCGCAACAAGUCUCAAGUGUUUAAAGCUUGUGAUGGGGUUGAAGUUGUUUUUCAUAUGGCUGCACCAGAUUCAUCGAUCACUAACCACCAGCUGCAUUAUUCAGUCAAUGUGCAUGGCACAAAGAACAUUAUCGAUGCUUGUAGUGUACAAAAUGUGAAGAGACUUAUCUAUACUAGUUCUCCUAGUGUGGUGUUCGAUGGGAUACAUGGAAUAUACGACGGUGUUGAAUCGAUGCCCUAUCCUGCUAAGCACAAUGAUCCAUAUUCUUCAACUAAAGCUGAAGGAGAGGCAUUAGUUAUAAAGGCAAAUGGAAUGAACGGAUUGUUAACGUGCUGUAUACGUCCUAGCAGCAUUUUUGGUCCCGGUGAUAAGUUGCUUAUUCCAUCUUUAGUUGCCGCAGCACGGAAAGGAAAAACCAAGUUUAUAAUUGGGAACGGCAAGAACAUGUUUGAUUUCACUUACGUUGAAAAUGUGGCGCAUGCCCAUGUAUGUGCGGAACGAGCUCUUGCAUCCGGUGGUAUUGUUUCAAAGAGAGCUGCAGGGGAGGCUUAUUUUAUAACUAACAUGGAGCCAAUCAGGUUUUGGGAAUUUACGUCGCUUAUUCUUGAAGGCCUUGGUUAUGAAAGGCCAAAAACAAGGAUUCCUGUAUUCAUCGUGAUGCUGAUUGCAUAUUUCAUUGAGCGUAUAUAUCGCGUGUUAGCACCAUACGGGAUGCGGGCCCCACAGUUGACACCUUCUAGAAUCAGACUCUCAACUCGCAACAGAACUUUUAGUUCCUUAAAAGCGAAUGAUCGACUUGGUUACAGACCUAUUGUUCCACUUCAGGAAGGUCUGAAAAGAACUAUUGAAUCAUAUUAUGAUCUCAGUGCUCAAGCUUUUCGUAAAAAGAAAGGGGCGUCUAAAGCUGCAACAUGUCUUGGAAAUGGAAUUGUUGCAGACAUACUUCUAUGGAGAGAUGUGAAAUUGACAGUCACUACACAGCUAGCAUUAUUUGCAUUUUAUGUAAAUUUGUCACCUGAAAAUACCAUGGUCACUUCAAUUUCCAAUGUCUUCAUUAUGGCGUCGGUCUUUUUGUUUAUCCACAGGAAGUUGCCUGAUAAAUUAAUGGGAUGUUCAGUUGAGAAAUUUUCAGAAUCAAACUUUCGGUUCCCAGAUACUAUGUCGCGCCAAACUGCUUUAUCGUUUGUUUCGUCAUGGAAUCGUGCAGCACAUAGUCUAAUAACUAUUUCAAGUGGGAGUGACACAUUGCUGUUCUUCAAGAUGGCCUUAUCACUCUCCAUCCUUGCCUGGAUCGGGACCAUGUCACUGCAAAGUUUCUUCACGAUAGUUCUUCCAUUCGCCUUCGUUGUCUUCUACAUUUACGAGCAAAAGGAAGAAGCGAUCGAUAGAUUUUUCCAAAGAGUUACCCGUAUUGGACGCUCGUCAAAUCCUAACUUAGAAUCACUCGAUCCUUAUCUUAAUAACAAACAUGGGUAGCAUACUAGGAUUAUAUGUUUAGACUAAUGUUGAUGCAAAUUACCUUAAUUUUGUUUUGUUUCAUCCUUCACUUUCUUUGUAAACAAAAUCUGAACUAAAUUAUAACCAAUGGUGUUCCUGAUGACCAGUGUAGACAUAUUUUUCUUGGUUGUU